AUGACCGUCCCUUCCAAGACCAAGGACUUUGAGAUUGCCAUCGUGGGCGGCGGCAUCGCUGGCCUCGUGCUCGCUCUCGCUCUCCACAACCGCGGCAUCCCUAUCACGGUGUACGAGCGUUCUGCCAAGUUCGGAGAGAUCGGCGCCGGAGUCUCGUUCACCCCCAACGCGGUCAAGGCCAUGAAGAUCUGUUACGAGGGUGUGUACGAGGGCUUCGAGCGCGUCUGCACCAGGAACAUGUGGUCGUCAAAGCUCCAGACAUACUUUGACUAUGUCUCCAGCUAUGAGGAAGGCAAGGUCGUCGACGAGACCAUCGCCUUUUCCACGACCACUUCCCUGGGUCAGAACGCCGUGCACCGUGCCCACUUCCUGGACGAGAUGGUCAAGCUUGUCCCUCCUGAGAAGUGCAUCUUCAACAAGCACCUCAUCAACAUCACCCAGGCGCCGAACGGCAGGCAGGUGAUGCACUUUGGAGACGGAACCACCGCCGAGGCCGACGCAAUUGUCGGCUGCGACGGUAUCAAGUCGCGUGUUCGUGCUACGAUGUAUGGAGCCGACCACCCCUGCGUUACCCCUUCUUUCACGAACAAGAUUGCCUACCGCGGUCUGGUCCCCAUGGAAAAGGCCACCGAGGCUAUUGGUGCCGAGUUUGCCCAGAAUGCGGUCAUGCACCUUGGCAAGAACGGACACAUCCUCACCUUCCCUGUGGCUCACGGCAAGACUAUGAACAUUGUUGCGUUCCACGAGAGCGAUGGAAACUGGGAGGACACAGAACGCCUCACUAAGCCUGGCAGGCGUGAGGACGCCCUUCGUGACUUUGCUGGGUGGAGCGACAACGUCACCAAGUUGCUGUCCAUGUGCGAGGAGGAACUCCCGAUUUGGGCCAUCUUCGACACCGGUGCGAACCCUGUGCCGAGCUUCGUCAAGGGCAACGUUGCCCUCAUGGGUGAUGCCGCUCACGCGACCUCCCCUCACCACGGUGCUGGUGCCGGAUUCUGUGUCGAGGACGCGGCAUACCUGGCAUGUCUCUUGCAGAGCCCUGCAGUCCAGACCUCUGAGGACCUUGCUGCGGCGUUCCAGGCGUACAACGAUGCCCGCCUCGACCGCGGUCACUGGGUCGUCCAGAGCAGUCGCUACCUCGGCAAGAUGUACGACUGGAUGUCUGUCGAAGGCAACGACAUGGACAAGAUUGCCACCGAGCUGCGCAAGCGUAACGCCAUCAUUUACGACUUUGACGUUGAGGGAGGCAUUGCCCAGUCGGUGGCUGAGCUUGAGGCCAAGCUCGGUAAGAGCGGUAAGAAGUAG